GCCCCCGCCGCUAGAUCCGCUGCUGCUGCCUCGGCGGGCCGACCUGCAGGAGGCGGCGGCGGCGGCGGCGGCCGAGGCCGAGGGAAGAUGGCGGACGGCGUGGACCACAUAGACAUCUACGCGGAUGUGGGCGAAGAGUUCAACCAGGAAGCGGAAUAUGGUGGGCAUGAUCAGAUAGAUUUGUACGAUGAUGUCAUCUCUCCAUCUGCAAAUAAUGGUGAUGCCCCAGAAGACCGGGACUACAUGGAUACUCUUCCACCAACUGUUGGUGAUGAUGUGGGAAAAGGUGCAGCACCAAAUGUUGUCUAUACUUACACUGGAAAGAGAAUUGCAUUGUAUAUUGGAAAUCUCACAUGGUGGACAACAGAUGAGGACUUAACUGAAGCAGUCCAUUCUUUGGGAGUGAAUGAUAUUUUGGAGAUAAAGUUUUUUGAAAAUCGGGCAAAUGGACAAUCAAAGGGGUUUGCCCUUGUUGGUGUUGGAUCUGAAGCAUCUUCCAAAAAGUUAAUGGAUCUGUUGCCUAAAAGAGAACUUCACGGUCAGAAUCCUGUCGUGACUCCAUGCAAUAAGCAGUUUCUGAGUCAGUUUGAGAUGCAGUCCAGGAAAACUACACAAUCAGGACAAAUGUCUGGGGAAGGUAAAGCUGGUCCUCCAGGAGGCAGUUCACGUGCAGCAUUCCCACAAGGUGGUAGAGGACGGGGCCGUUUUCCAGGGGCUGUUCCCGGUGGGGACAGAUUCCCUGGGCCGGCAGGACCGGGAGGGCCACCUCCACCUUUCCCAGGAAAUUUGAUCAAGCAUCUUGUUAAAGGAACUCGGCCUUUGUUCCUGGAAACUAGGAUUCCAUGGCAUAUGGGGCACAGCAUAGAGGAAAUACCCAUUUUUGGCCUAAAAGCUGGACAGACUCCACCACGUCCACCUUUGGGCCCUCCAGGCCCACCUGGUCCCCCAGGCCCUCCACCUCCUGGUCAGGUCCUGCCGCCUCCUCUGGCAGGACCUCCCAAUCGAGGAGACCGUCCUCCACCACCAGUUCUUUUUCCUGGACAACCUUUUGGGCAACCUCCAUUGGGCCCACUUCCUCCUGGGCCUCCACCUCCAGUUCCAGGCUACGGCCCUCCUCCUGGUCCACCGCCUCCACAGCAGGGACCACCUCCACCUCCAGGCCCCUUUCCACCUCGGCCACCAGGUCCACUUGGGCCUCCCCUCACUCUUGCUCCUCCUCCACAUCUUCCGGGACCACCUCCAGGUGCCCCACCACCAGCUCCACAUGUGAAUCCUGCUUUCUUUCCUCCACCGACUAAUAGUGGCAUGCCAACAUCAGAUAGUCGAGGUCCACCACCAACAGACCCGUAUGGCCGACCUCCACCAUAUGAUAGGGGUGACUAUGGUCCUCCUGGGAGGGAAAUGGAUACUGCAAGAACACCAUUGAGUGAAGCUGAGUUUGAAGAAAUCAUGAAUAGAAAUCGGGCCAUCUCAAGCAGUGCUAUUUCAAGAGCUGUGUCUGAUGCCAGUGCAGGUGAUUAUGGGAGUGCUAUUGAAACAUUGGUGACAGCAAUUUCUUUAAUUAAACAAUCCAAAGUAUCUGCAGAUGAUCGUUGCAAAGUUCUUAUUAGUUCUUUGCAAGAUUGCCUUCAUGGAAUUGAGUCCAAGUCAUAUGGCUCUGGAUCAAGAAGACGUGAACGAUCAAGAGAAAGGGACCAUAGUAGAUCACGGGAAAAGAGUCGGCGUCAUAAAUCUCGGAGUAGAGAUCGCCAUGAUGAUUAUUACAGAGAGAGAAGCAGAGAGCGAGAGAGACACAGGGAUCGGGAUCGGGACCGAGACCGGGAGCGUGACCGAGAGCGAGAAUACCGUCACCGUUAGAAGCUGAAGGAAGAGGAACAGCUUCCAAGACAAAACAGUCUUCAUGGGGAAAGUGACGCUUGUCCAGCAGUUUGCUUCUUGUGAUUGAACUGAACCUGUAAGGAUUCAUGGAUAAACUGAACAGGAAUAGAUCUGAAUAAAGCAAAUCUGCAUACAUGGUAACCAGUAGCUCUACUUUUAUUUUUUUAUGUUGCUUAACUGUUUUAUUUGAAGGAAACCUGUGUGAUUUAAAAAGUUAAUAGCUUUUGCAACUUUAUUACUGGUUAUAUAUAUUUGGCCAUUAUAAUGUGCAAGCAAUUGGAAAAACAAUUCAAGUAAAUGCUUGUUUUUAUAGUAGUUUGUUCUUGUUAAAAAUGUUCAUAUGAUAAUGUCUGUAAACAGCACCACUUUGAUUACAAUAGAUGUAGUGUUGUAAUAAACUGUUUAAUGGGGCUGAUGUGUAAAGCUGUUCAAGUUAUUUGAUGUUUACACCUCAGGGAAAGUCUUGUGUUCAGCAAUAUCUAAAGAUAAUGUUACUAUGACAACAUUUUUACUGUCCUUUAAGAAAAGCAUUGCAAUAGGUGUUGGGAUAUGCAUCAAUCUAAUCUUGCGUUCAGUGAAUUAAACAUAACCAAUUAAGUGUCUCUUGCCCUUGAUUUUGAUAUUAGAGUAGGUGAUUACAUGGAUAUUUAAUAUUUCUAUAUUCUGCUUUUCUAGCUGUUUUUACCUAGUUAGCUUGUGAUUUUGCUGAAUGGUAUGUAAACUUGUAAAAACUGAAAUUUGGCAGAUAGAGCAAUCCAGUCAAUGUGUUAGGGGGUAAAAUUUGAGGUUGUAACAUUUUUGGUAAAGACUCAUGUAUUAGCUACAGUAGUGCAGCUUAAUUACACCCCAGAUAUUCUGAAACAAUUAAGUGUGAACUGCUAGCUCUCAUUAAGAGAGAUUUUGAUAAUUCUGAUUUGAUACAGUAAUUUACUGCUUAAUGCUGAUGGUGCCGUAGGCAGUGUAAAUACAACCAUACAGCAGAUAAAUGUGAGUAAAGAAAGCCCUAGCAUUCUACUUGAUAGAGAGUCUGAAGGGUCUGAUGUUUAUUAACAUUGGGUUGUAUUCUUCAGUGUGAGUAAUGGGAGAUUAUAGUUACACCCUUUCUUCAUGGUUCAAGGGAUUCUAUGUAUAUUUCUGUAACCUUGUUGAUUCAUGCUUGAUUAGUUAGUUAAUCAGCUGAUUUUUUUUUUAAGCCAGCCUUAAUAAAAGGCUGUAUGAAAAGCAUCUGGCUAGCAUGUGUUCUGCAAAAUUAGCAGAGGCAGACUGUCAACUUGAUUACCUAUUUUUAUAGGAAGUUUAAAACCUGAAAUACUAAAGAAAUUUGAAAAAAUCAAAUUUUAAGCUAAUUUGUUUUAAAAAUAUUUCAAAGAUCUUAUGAGAGAUCUGUGGAUAGUACGCAUUGGCUUUUAAUGUUUGUCUAAAUUUAAGGGCAAUGCUUAAGGUAUUUAUGUACCAUAGAUAGAGAUAAUGUGCAGCUCAAGAUUUGCACUGCUGUUUAUUAGUUUUAUCUUGUCUGCUUUUAAAGUACUCAACAUUAGUUUCAAAAUACCCUUACCACUGCCAGUUCAUUUAAGAACAUUUUGUGAGCAGAGUAUUUUUGCAGGAGAUCAUUGGUGUUUACUAGAACUGUUAGCUCUCAGAAAUGAUUUUUCUUAAGUGUUUAAUCUUGUUUAAAUGCAAGUUGCCUUUUAAUUUGAGAGUUGUAUCAAAAUCUGUUUUCUUGUUUUGUGUAUAGGUAUUGUUAAGUUUUUGUGAUUUUUUUUUUUUUUUUUAAAUUUGGUUAGCUUUUUUAAUAGUUAAUUAUAAUGCCCUAAUGUGAAGACAUUUGGACAUACAUAUGUUUACAAGGGAAAUUAGUUAAUAGUAAGAUUAAAAGGUAAGUAAAAUGUCCAUGAGAUAAAUUUUCUCUGAACACUUUUAAAAUGGAAUCACAAAUACAUAUACUUGAAAUGAAACUGGAGAUUUUGUACUAAUUUUAACCCUUCACUCCCUUUUCUUUUUUUUUAAUCAGUGGAACCCUUUAAUUACUCCCUUUAUGUCCCCCUUCUCCUUGCUUGGCUUAUUUCAUUAAGUGACUUUGGUGGCAGAUAGUGUGAGUGUAAUAGAGUUGUUUGCUGCUGUAGUCAAUUAUUUUAAGUGUUGUCAGGAAGAAACAAAUAAACUUUAGUUUGACAUAUUUGGCAAAGUCUCCUACCUAAUAACACAUGAAUGUAUAGCAGUAAAAGUCAAAGUCACAAACCUUGUUUUAUUUGUCAAAGCCCUCGUGUUGUCUAGGAGCCGGCGUUAUUUGAAAACUUGUUUUUAAUGUGUAAAAAAACAAUCCAAAGAGAUAAGUCUUUGCAAAGACACCAAAUAAAUGAAUAAAUAAAUAAGCAGGAAAGAAAGAGUCGGGAGGAGUGCGGGCUCUUAGAAUUAGAAUUCAUGGGGUGGCGGUGGAAACACGCUUGCAUUUCCCGGUCCUAGCGUUGACCAGUGGUGUGGUCACAUUCCUUGUCACUGGCAGUACAGUUAGAGAUGCGUGCUAAAGCACCCACGGGAGGAAGUUCUCCCGGAGCAGCACUUUGAACUCAUUAUACUCUUUGAAGUAAAGGAAAUAUGUUUGUAGAAACAAUAUUUCAGUGUCAAUUUACAAGUGUUUAUGUUUUGUCAGUUUUCAGCAAGAUUUCAAGUAACUUGCCAUAGCUAUUGAUCAUGUAUGUUAGCCUGUUAAAUGGCUCCUUUACCUAGAAUAUUCUUAAGCAGUUAACUACAGUUUGGAAUUCACAAAUAAUGUGUAGCUUAAGAUAUUAUUUUUCAUUUGAUUCUCCUAUGGAGAAUGUUGCUUUAGUAAAGUCACUUCUAAAAAUAAAUGUGGAGGUUUUAAUGAGCAUUAUGUGACAUUUUAUGGUGAAAGGGAAUUGUUGGAAAGGGUAAGACUGUUUCCCUGUGUGUUGAAAUGUGCCAAUAACCUAAGUACAUUCUGUUUCAUACAAUGAGAUGCUCCUGCAAGGCUCUUCUGUUGGCCUGCUCUUGACAUUCUCGCUGUUACCCAGAUGGUCAUUGCUAUCUGUAUCUUACAAGUCCCAGUGUUGGGCUUUAAGCUUCAGCUUGAGUUAUUUUAAGAGGAAGUUUGUUCUGAUUCUUUCCUAGAAUACAGUGUUGAGAUUCUUGCUAUUGCACAGAUAAUGAGUUUUCAGUUUUAUUCACGAAGCUCAUUUGCAUCCCACAGCCCUCUGUAAAUGUUCCCCAGUUGUUUGUACUUACUAAAUGCACGCUUAUCCAUUGUACAUACUAGACAUUCUUUUGUGCUAAAAUAUAUUAAGUAGGAUUUUUGUAGCAAAGCAUUCUAUUUUUAUGUUCUUGUAUGUGUUAACAUUAAUCUUCAGUUUGAACACUGGUGAAUUUAUUUUUUAGCAACUUGACUCCUGGAAGCCUUAGACUAAUUUUAAAAUAAACAUUCAACCAAAAAUUA